AUGCCUUCAGAAGGAGAAUCGUCAUCCAAGGCUGCUGAGAUCAAACCCUCAGAGACAACAGCCACCAGUAACAUUCGUCUCAAGUUUGAUGGACUCCCUAAGCUACAAGGGCAAUCCAACUACCAAACUUGGGCGAGUGCCUGGAGGAUAACGUUCGACGCUGUAGACUGGUGGGAAGCGUUGAGCAUCGAGAACCCCGACGAGAAUGACACCGAACUCAGCAAAACCGAGAUAAAGAAGGCUCGUAAACAAAUGCACAGCCUUCUCAUCUCUGCUGUAUGCGAAGAAAUACAACCAACAGUCGUCUCCGCCGAAAAUGCAUUCUACGCAUGGAAGGCGCUCAAAGACCUCUACGAUCGUGUCUCACCCAACACCACGAUCACCCUCCUCAGCCGCGUCCUAGACACGAAGAUGCAAGAAGGCGGAUCACUGACCGAGCAUCUCGCGACCUUCGAUGCGAACUGGAAUACUCUCAAGUCCAGAUGCCAAAGCGCAGAUCACAAACUCGCUCAGGCUCUCCUACCCCUCACCAAAUCCAACGAAGCCAUGGCGGCAUUCCUCCUAAGCUCGCUACCCAAAUCGAUGAGCAACGUUGUAGACAACAUCCAGACCAAACAGGAUGUCACCUACGAAGACGUACGCCAACGACUACAGAACCUGGAUGAGGUAGCCCCUCAAACAGGGAACAAAGUGCUCCAUACCAGGAGUACCACAAGCGACAAGGAAUGCACCUGGUGCAAGAAAAGGGGACAGCCUUACAAAGGCCACGAGUACACGGAAUGCAGAAAGCUCAAAGAACAGAAUAAGAACAGAAAGGGAAGGAGAAAGGACAACUCGGCAUCGGUUGUAGUAAAUGACUCUACAACCACUAUCUGUAUGGUACGCCACGACAUCUCCCAACCCCUUACUUGGAUCCUUGAUUCUGGAGCGACCUCUCACGUCACACCCUUCAAAGACCAACUCAUCGACAUCCGACCUCACACCGGCAACGUCUGA